AACCACCGACUGACUGGCAGCACUGCGACUACCGCGGUGUUGUCACAAUAUAGCUUCGUCUCCACUAUCCGGUGUCCCAAUGAUUGCUUUCUUUCACCUGGAAUAGUGUAACUUGUAUUUUUCCGUCUUCGGGAAAUUUUCCAUACGAAUUAUACUCGAAGAAACCCCGGUAAGUAAUUUUGCCUAAUAUUAACUUAUUUUUCAUCUCCGUAUGUUGGAGUGAAAUUAAGCUUUAUAUAACUGUCUGGCUCUUGUGUCUGAUAAAUCCCCAGUGAAUAUCACACAUGGCUAACCUCAAAACCUAUUCAUAAAUCCAUAUAAACACUACAAAAUUUUCAUUAUAUUUUUCGUAUGUCAAUUGUGAAUUAUAUUAAUUUUGAGGUAAUAUACAUUAUAAAACAUCCUCUCUUUUCAUGUCCGCAUUGCCACCCUAUUCUCUUUUGUAUUAUUUUAAGUGUAUAGUUUUUCCAGUAGGUAUAUUAGUUUUAUCAUUGACAUUAGCCGAGUAGAUACUGAGAGUGUGAAAUUUUAACUAAUUUGACGUUGAUGUUGAGUUUUAUUUUAAUGCAAAUUUUAUUCGUUUUAAAAUAUGAUAACCUGAAUUGAUUUUACAAAUUUUUAAAAUUUCAAACUUGUAGGCAAUAAUACUCCAUAUUCCCUACAUAGCACAACCAUACUUGACUAACCAUAUUAUGAAUACCUACACUUGUGUUUAUAUUAAUCAAUAUUUUUAGGAAAAACAUGGCUGACGAAGAUUGGGGAAAUGUUGAUUCAUCAAUAAAUGUGGAUUCAGCUCCUGUUCAAGUGGCAGCUGAUUUACCAGAAGUAAAAUUAUUUGGCCGGUGGAGUUGUGAUGAUGUUGAAGUUUCGGAUAUGUCUCUACAAGUAAGUUGAAAUCAAAUUUCAUCAAGUAUAUUUUUUUAAGUCUCAUUAUUUAUGUAGAUAUCUAAUCUAGUAUUGGUUAUAAGGUACUUUUUGGUUAUUAUGACUACCCACGGUUUUCUGGUAUCACAGCUACCAACAAUAGUUUAAAUAUUAUUUAAUACUGAUUUAAAUAUAAAAAGAAAAUUUAAUUUAAUAUAAUCGAUAAAAUUAAUAAUUUACACUAGGUGUAAUAUGUUGUAACAUGUUGAUUAGUAUUUCGAUUAAUUUUAUUCAAUAUUAUAUUUUAACUAUCGGCAGGAGUCGCGACAUUGAAAAAUCAUCAGUAGUCUCGUUAACUUAAAAGUACCAGUUGUAAACUUAAAAACCACCGAUAAUAAUAAAAUGUAUGGAUCAUAGUUGUAGCUUAUUGUACCCCUAACUAUUGCAGAAUGAAUUUAUAUAAAUGUUCUUUGCCAGCGGUUCUCAACCUUUGUCAAGCCAAGAUAUUUACCCAAUAUUUUAUGGAAUUUUUUUAAAAAUAAUUUUCAAUGGUGAGGCUAUUCACCCUACUCAUUUUGCUUAAUUUUUCAAUUACCAAAAUUAAAAUAAACUUAGCUUAUAUUACUUUAUUUAUAAAGUGAUUUAUACACAAUUAAACAAGUAAUAAGUACCCUGUGAAGUUCAUAAUAUUGAUAGUUGAUACCAAAAUCAAUGUGGGUCAACAACUUAAAAAAAUUAAAUAAUUUCCAUGAAUGUAAAUUGAUAAAGUAUAUUAUAUCAUUAAAAGACCAAAGUCCAAAUUUAUGAAAUUGUACUUUUUUGUAAAGGAAAGUAACUAAAUAUAUUGAUUAAUUAUUUUUAAAACUAUUUUAUACAUGUAGUCUAAAAUGAAAAUUUAAUAUAAUUUGGGUUUUAACUUUUUAACUGUAAUCCAUUGAAAAUUGUCUGCGAUCCUAUUGUUGAGAAACUGUUCUAUGCCUUAAAUAUUAAUAUAAUUUUUUUUGUAUUACUGAUCUAUGACAAAUUUUAAUUGUAUAGGAUUAUAUCGCUGUGAAAGAGAAGUAUGCUAAAUAUGUACCUCACUCUGCUGGUCGUUAUGCUGCUAAACGUUUCCGUAAAGCUCAAUGUCCAAUUGUUGAACGUUUGACCAAUUCUUUGAUGAUGCACGGACGUAACAAUGGAAAAAAAUUAAUGGCUGUCCGUAUUGUUAAACAUGCUUUUGAAAUUAUUUACCUGCUAUCUGGUGAAAACCCAUUACAAGUCCUCGUUAAAGCGAUUAUCAACAGUGGGCCCAGAGAAGACUCCACUCGUAUUGGUAGAGCUGGUACAGUCAGACGUCAAGCUGUUGAUGUUUCUCCUUUAAGACGGGUUAAUCAAGCCAUUUGGUUGCUGUGUACAGGAUCCAGAGAAGCUGCAUUUAGGAAUAUUAAGACUAUUGCUGAAUGCUUAGCUGAUGAAUUAAUUAACGCUGCCAAGGUUUGUGAGAAUUAUACUUUUUUAAAACAGUCUUAUUGGAUAUUAAUCAUGUGAAUUUUUUGUUUAUAUAGGGAUCAUCAAACUCUUAUGCUAUCAAGAAGAAGGAUGAACUUGAACGUGUUGCAAAGUCCAACCGUUAAUUAACAUUUAUAUUAAUACAUUUAUUUUAAAUAUACUUUGUAUAUUUAAAUUUAAAAAAAAAAAUUGGUUUUUAUUUUCCUUUAUCACAAAAUUAUAAUAUUUCGUAAGAUACCUUAUUCCUUAGAUACUUCAAUAAAUUAUU